AUGGACCUCGCGUUGAACAUCGUCGACAUCCUGCGCCAGAUCUACGAGCUGCGGGACGCCAUCCGCCGCCAGCGCCACGUCAACCGCCGCACGUACCUGCGCAUGAUGGAGAUCUACGUGGAGCUGCAGUCGUCCGGAGGCAUUCAAACCAACGCCACGCUGGCGCGCACUGCCACGCUGGACAAGUUCUCGGCCGCGGUGACCAAGUUCCUACUGUACCUGCAGAAGUACCACGACAUGCACCGGGUCGUCCGCCUGUUCAAGUUCACGACCAUGGAGGAGCAGCGCCUCAGGAUCGUGGACGAGAUCGACCAGCUCUACCGCAUGCUCAACCUCGCCACGGUCGUGGCGGUCCUGGACGGCGCGGCCGCAGCCUCGUCAAACGCCGCCAGACUGUUCGCCAAGCUCGAGGACAUGCACGGCGACAUCAAGCUCACGCACGACCAGAUCCACGCGGCGCUGCUCGCCGACAAGCAGCAGGUUGUGGUUGCCAGGAAGAGGAUCCUGACCGACCAGGAGCCGACUGCGAGCCGACGGGUUCUGGUCCGCCAAGGCCCGAUACUGACGAAGUACGCUCAUGAAAUCGGGGACGACCCAACGCUUGACGAUGAUGAGAUGGAGGAGAAAUCGCCCGUGCAAGCUGAGAAGGUAGCGGUGAAGAAGAGGGAGGUGAAGCGAAGCGUUGUGUGCGAUGAGGAGGAGGAGAAGCUACCGCCGGUGGACACGAAGGCUCAAGUGGAGGUGAGUACAGCUGAUCUGCUUGGUGCGGACGAUACCACAGCGCAGCAAAAAGAAGACCUUGUCUUGGAUCUCCUUCGCAAGUGCGUCACCAACAGCAACCGCGUCCAAGUUUACAAGAUCAAAGGGAUCCCAGUGCUCACGAACCUGGUGCGCCACGGAGAGACGUUCCUCACGCAGCUGUACGCUCUGCACUGCCUGAGUUGGUUCACGUUCUCCUUCUCCAAACUGCGCGAAUCGGACUUCAUGGAGCUGAACAACUGCGUUCGCGAACCAUCCCACGAAGAAAGGCUCUCGCUUCUGCACGAUCUACAGUCUGACGAUGAUGAAGUGAAGGAACGCGCAGCGUUGCGGUGCUCGUGUGUUGCCACGCGUGUGGCUGGAGACGCACUGCGUCAAGUUGGAGUUUUACCGCUAUUAAUUGGACUGCUUAAGGACGGCACCGACAACCAGAAACUGUGGGCGGCUGAGGCACUCGUUACUCUUGCCAGCGACGACGAUGAGAACUGCGUUGCAAUUACGCGUGGAGGGGCCAUCCCGCCGCUGGUUCUGCUUCUUCGAUCGGGUACCGACAUGCACAAGCAAGAAGCAGCCUACGCACUGGGAAAUCUGGCGGCGAAUAACGAAGUCAACCGUGCGAAAAUUGCUCGUGAAGGAGCCAUUCCUCCCAUGGUAGAGUUUGUGAAGUCGGUCACGGAUGCGCAGAACCAGUGGGCGGUGUACGCCCUGGGGUUCCUGUCUCUAAACAACGAGGAGAACCGCGUGUUGAUCUCUCAAGAAGGUGCUAUCCGUCCUCUCGUUAAGCUCCUGCGCGUGGGAACACGCGCUCAGAAGCAGUGGGCCGCAUACACACUCGGGAAUCUCGCUCACAACGACGCCAAUCGCGCGGAGAUCACAAGGGAAGGCGCCAUUACACCGCUGAUCCAACUUCUUCGAACUGGGACGGCGAUGCAGAAGCAGCGAGCAGCGUUUGCAUUGGGGAAUCUAGCAUGCGAUAACGAUACAGUGACGACGGACUUUGAUGAAGCUAUCCUGCCGCUCGUCGACCUCGUGCGAAUGGGGUCUGACACACAGAAGGAGGACGCUGCAUAUACGUUGGGCAACCUCGCCGCCAACAACGGUGCCAGACGUGCUGAGAUUGGUCGUAAAGGAGCUAUCGCCCCGCUGGUGAAGCUUCUGAAGACUGGGGACGGUGAGCAGAAGCAGUGGGCGGCGUUCGCACUGAGGUGUCUCGCUUACGACAACGACUUGAACCGCGUGGCGGUUGUGGAUGAGGGCGCCAUUGAACCUCUGGCUGCUAUGAUGGAGGAAGGGACUGAAGAGCAGAAGGAGGAGGCCGCUCAUGCACUUGAGCACCUCGUGGUGAAGGAUGUCGAGGCCGCGAACACGUUCAUUCCCGACCGAGUUAUGACGUCGCUGAGGGGCUACUGGAGUGCCGACGCAAUCUCGCAGAACGCCAAUGUGGCUGCAGCUGCAGCUUUAAACACAUUCGGGACUGUGCGCGAGGGCGUCCUCCCGCUUUUUCGCAAGUUGGUGAAAUCGGAUGCGGACACAGAGAAUACGUCGCAAUCCACCACUCGUGAAGACCCAAAAGCGGAGACCAAAGGGAGCAGCUGGGCUGGAGCUUGGUGA